UCUCUUAUCAUUCCUUCUUCUUCCUUCCAUGACCAUGGGCCAUGAGAGAUACUGAAACACAGACCUUUUCUUGUUUUGCACUUUCCUAAUCUCACACAAAGCUCCAUCCUUUGCUAAUCUCACAUAAAGUCUCAUCCUUUUCCACCAAAAGAGCAGUUUCAGCUUCUGGGCUCAUCUUGGAACACUCAUUGUGUCUCUAGAAGCAAACUUGAAGAAGCAGAACAAAAAAAGUUUUGAUCUUUUCGAGAAAAAAACACUCCUCUUUGUCACCAAUGGACGAUGAUGGAUCUGCUCAUAGCUCACUGUUCGGAGACCUAUCCACCGAAGAGGUCACAAGCAAGAUCAUCCUCACAGCAGUCAUUGUUCUGUUCAUGGCGGUUCUCUUCGUCCUUAUCCUCCACCUCUACGCCAAACUCUACUGGUGGCGAUUAGAUCACCACCUCCAGCAGCAAGAACAAGAACAAGAGCUAGAGCAAGAAGACCAAUCACCAAUCACUCCUCCUGUAAUAACCACUCGCCGACAGCGACGUCGUUUCAUCUUCGUCCCGGGGCAAGACGCUUUAUCCAACACUGGAGGGCUUACCCCUUUUGAGCUCAGUUCCUUGCCUAUUGUCUUUUUCAGACAAGACAGUUGUAAGGACGGUUUGGAGUGUGCUAUUUGCUUGUCUGCGCUUGUCAAAGGAGACAAAGCUAGGCUGCUUCCAAAGUGUAGCCACAGCUUCCACGUUGAGUGUAUUGACAUGUGGUUUCAGUCUCAUUCGACUUGUCCCAUUUGCAGAAACGCUGUUCUUGAAGCUAACUCAAAGGGAGUUGAACAAGUUUCCGACAAUGUAUCAGAUGCUUUGUCUCAGAUUUCGAGUUCUUCUUCGGAUUUUCCGACCAAUGUGUUGGUAUGGGGUCGCCAGGAUCAGGUUAGUACCAGAAACACCAAUGUUGGGUCUCAAGAAGAGGGUACUGGUCAAGAUGCUGUUGUUCUUGAUAUCAAUGAUUCUGCAGCUAGGAGUCAAAAUGUGCCGUCUUCAUCAGCAAUAAGGUUUAUUGCUGAGGAGGAAGAGCCAAAGUCUCCAAUGACAACUAGGUUGAGGUCUUUGAGGAGGUUUCUGAGCAGAGACAAGAGAGUCUCUUGUAGCAAUAGCAGUGGUAGUUCCAGUGCUGCUGGUGCUGCUGCUUCUGUUGAUCCUUGAAGUUUGUGAGUGAUUAGAUUAGUAGCUGAGCGAAAAGGUUGCAUGAAGAUGUCAAACUGUGUAGUGGUCUCUGCUUUUGUUACUGGCUUUUGUGUGUUUGAGAGGUUUCUUUGUUAUCCAAGUAUAUCAUUUAUCUAUGCCAAGGGAAUUUGGAACUCAGAAGCUUUUGUUUUACUUAGAUCAA